AUGGGGGGAUGUGUUGCCUCUAAGCUAGAGGAAGAAGAAGGAGUAGUAACCAUCUGUCGAGAGAGGAAACGCCAGCUGAAGUUAGCAGUGGAGAAAAGAUGUGCUCUUGCAGAGGCACAUUGUAAGUAUUGUCAUGCUUUAUAUGCAGUAGCUGCAGCCGUAGACCUCUUUGUUGCAGGCUACUCUUCUCCUCCUUCACCUUUCCUCAUCACAUUUUCACCACACUCACCUCCUCCAAUCACUGAAAAUGUGAUAACCAACCCAAUGUUCCUUCAGCAAAGGCCAUCUGAGUCAACCCAUGAAGCCAUUACCUGUGCUUCAUGUGCUUCUUCAACAUCCUCAGAGUACUCUGAGGAAGAGAGAGAGGAGGAAGAAGAAGAAGUAAAAGAAGAAAAAGCAGAGGAGAGAGAAGAACAGGCUUGUGGGUACUUUUAUAUGCAAAUGCCACCAUCAAUGCCAUCUCCUCAGAGAGAUUUUGGGUGGGAUUUCUUUAACCCUUUUGACGCCGUGAGGCCGGAGAUUAUAAGCAGUUACAGGCGGAGCUCUGAAGAUGAUUUGAGGGUGGUGAGGGAAGAGGAAGGGAUACCUGAGCUAGAAGAGGAAGGGGUUCCUGAGCUAGAAAAGGAAGGGGUUCCUGAGCUAGAAAAGGAAGGGGAUAGAGAAAAAGAGCAAGAAAAGAAGGUAAUGGUGGUAGAAGAAAAUGUUGAUGCAGAGCAAGAAAGUGCAGGUGAGGUGGUGAAGGUAGUUGAUGAAGCUAAUGUGAGCCAUGGAGAGCAUAAAGGACUUGCUGUUGUUGAGACACCAGCUGAAGGAAGGGAGCUAUUGGAAGCAUUGAGGGACAUUGUUGACCUUUUUACUAGGGCUUGUGAUUCUGCAAAAGAUGUGUCUAGGAUGUUGGAGGCUAACAAAGUGCAAUUGCAGUCUGGUUUGGAGGAAAUAAAAGAGAACUCAACAAAGCUAAUUCAAGCUAUAGCAUGGCAUCAAUCGUCGUCAUCAUCCAAGCUUUCAUCAUGUAAGAGUCUCGUAUCGUCUAGCUCCAAGAGUUCUUCAACAUGGACAGAAUUUAAGAAUGAUCUUUUUGAUGAUUAUGGAGGAAUGGAUUCAGGAAGUCAUGCGCUUACUCUAGGAAGGUUAUAUGCUUGGGAAAAGAAGCUCUAUGAAGAAGUUAAGGCUGGAGAUAUCACACGGAAACUAUAUGAGAGAAAAUGCUCGCGACUUAAGCACCAGGAUAUAGGAGACGAUGACGCCAUGGACAAAACUCGAGCUGCAGUAAAAGAUUUAUAUGCUAGGAUCCUGGUUGCAAUUCGGAGUGCUGAGUCAAUCUCCAAGAGAAUCCAGAUACUGAGAGAUGAAGAGCUGCAGCCCCAAAUUGUUGAGUUGUUGAAAGGCUUAAUGCGCACCUGGAAAAUUAUGUUGGAAUGUCAUGAAACCCAAAACAAGAUUCUUUUUGAUGUGAAAUCUUUUGCCGGCUCCACGUAUGGAAAGUUCAGCAACAACUCUCACAGGCGAGCAACACUUCAGCUUCAGGUCGAGCUUCAGAAUUGGCAUGAAUGCUUUAAGGAGUAUGUUGCAGCACAAAAAGCAUACGUCGAAACUCUCCAUGGUUGGCUGACCAAGUUCGUGGUCCCUAAAGAGGAAUUCUACUCUAGGAGCAGUUCAGCUGUGCCAUAUGGGGUCAAUGGUCCACCAUUGCUUGUGAUUUGUCGUGAUUGGUUGGUUUCUGUGGAUAAAUUACCGGAUAGGGCGGUCACCAUUGCCUUGAAAAGCUUCGCAAAGGACGUGAGGGCUCUGUCUCUUCAGCAAGGGGAAGAACAGCAACAAAAAAGGAAAGUUGACAGCCUAGCAAAAGAGCUCGACCGGAGAAUUCUAUCAUUCCAGAAGACAGAGAGCAGGCUUCUUGAGCCAAAUCUUAUGGAACACAAAUGCGAGUCAGAUAUGGAACGACAGAGUGAGUCCUUGACAGAGAAGAAGGAGCAGCUAGACGUGUUCAGAAGAAAGCUGGAUGUGGAGAGGGAAAAACACCAAAAUUACAUGAAAGAAACUCAAAGGAUCACAUUGAAAGGAUUUCAAACUGGGUUUUGUGCAGUUUUUGAGUCCUUGUCCGAGUUCUCCAAGGCUUCUCAAAAAAUGUACAAUGAACUAGUUACUUGCAGUGAAAAUGCAGAAAAAGUUGGGAACCCAGCGUAUAUAGAAGGCACAAAGCAUGAAGAAAAUAGCAGCAGGUGA